CAAGUUUCAAUAGCGCAAAAACAAGCAAAUGAUGGUUUCAGUCGCUCUUUGCGUUGAGCUUUCCUUCGUCGUGCAACCGGCCAUGGCACCGCGCUUCGAAGCAGCUGAGUUUCCAUCAGUCACCCACUAUUUCACUCCAACUCGAGCGUGGAGGCGCCGUCCGAGUCUGCAAGAUCGCGACGGUUUCCGGGAAAAUUCCGAAUUCUCCACGCCGGCCUCAUUCAAGAAUGAACUUUUUUUUUUAUUUUAAUGGCGGAUUGCUUCUCGGGAUUGGCUCCUAGUUUAGACCGACUUCAUUUCGUUUCAGUGCUGUGAUUUGAUGCGUGAUGUAAAGUCAAAGAUUCUGGGAUAUUCUAUUUAUCGACAAUGUUCUUCCCACGUCGGAAGCAUCUGAAGCGAAGUUUCCUUUUUGCAGCCAAGGGAUGUUCGCUUUCAGAUUGUUGAGGAGACAUUUCUUUAUUUCUUUCUCGAAAAGAACUGAAUUUAAUUAUGUUCCAAGUAUAUGACUUGUCUGGAAAAUUGCAUGCUUGUAACAUUCAUGAACUUUGCACGUGAAUUUUCCAGCACAAUGAUUAGGAAAGGACGUUGGGUUUGGCUGAAGUAGUUGGUUUGAACACGUAAUCAUGGGAAAAAUAAACAAUUGUUCUCUCUUUCUCUAAGUUAAAUCCCAUAUGGUGUAUUGCAAGGUAGAUUCCGGGAAAGUAGAAAGAAAGUCAUUUGCUCAACAGUUUCUGGGGCGGGCUUUUCUUCCGCAGGUUGUUGGUGAAAAGGGAGCGCAAAAAGGUUUUCCUGUUGAGAUCCUAAUCUUGUACUUGUUUGCUGACUGUGCAAAUGGAUAAGUCAAUGUCAUUUUCGAGACCGACAUUAUGAGGGAAAUUUUUCAAAAGUUUUGGAGGAAAAGUUUUAGAAAUGUCGGUAGAGGAGCAGCCCAACAGUUGACUGUUAGAAAUCUAAAAACUUCGUCCCCAAGAAUCUCUGUUAUUGGUCCAGACGGUCAAGACCGUGUUGUGUUGGUUGGUGAUCAAGGAUAGAUAAUUUGAAUUCUGGUGGUGUGUCCAACUGGAACUAGGUUUUAGAAAGAUAUAUAAGGGAGCUCAGCAGCCUCAGCUGAGGACUCCAUCAAACAUAUCAUUCAUUUGGCCUGUUCAUAAAAGGACCAAAACCUCUCCUCACCUGUUUUAGUUCUGGUACAUCUUCAUCAUGAUGUGCAAAGCAAUUGUAAAUCUUCCAACCCCUAAUCAAGUGUAUAGUAGACCCUUUAUUGCUAAUUCUGGUUUUCAUUAUCCAUUUACUCCCAGGAAAGCUGUUCAGAGAUCUAAUGGUAGAACUCUGAAAGUACGCUUCCGGGAAACUCUUCGUGCUCUCCCAGCACAAUUUUCGCAAAAGAAAUUUGAUUGGAGUGGCAGGUUGGAUGAAGAUUCUUAUCAGAGAAAAAGACUGCAAAGCAGUAAUUCGGAUGCAGGGGGAAGUUCUGAUCUACCAUCUUAUAGCUCUGCAGAUUUACCAGGUGUCGAGUAUGAAGUUUUCUUGAGCUUCAGAGGCCCAAAUACACGCAAAGGAUUUGUGGAUUGCCUCUAUCAUGGGCUUAUGGAUGCUGGAAUCCGUGCUUUCAGAGACAAUGAUGAGCUUCCAGUUGGAGGGAGGAUAAGUUGGCUACUCCAGGCAAUCAACAACUCAAAGAUAUGCAUACCCAUCUUCUCUAAAGACUAUGCACAGAGUGAAUGGUGCCUACGCGAGUUGGCACAGAUGGUGGAAUGCAGUAAAAUAACUGGGCUGGAAAUUCUGCCCAUAUUCUACGACGCGGAUCCAUCCGAAGUAAAGCUGAACAGGGGACCAUAUUUAGAAGCCCUCCGUCAACACAAGAAGAAGAAUAAGCCCAAUCUUGUGCACCAAUGGGAAGAGGCUCUAAAGGAGGUUGGAAAGAUCAAGGGCUGGGAGUUAGAAAAGGAUACUAAUGGGCAUGAAGGAAAACUCAUAGAGUUAAUAGUUCGAAAGGUUCUGAUUAGCCUGAAGGUUCACCAUUUGAAUGUAACUGACCAGUUGGUUGCAAUCGAUGAUCACGUGGAUAAACUCAUGAGAAUGCUGAAUGUGGGUUCCAAUGAUGUAAGGAUCAUUGGGAUUCAUGGAAUGGGUGGUAUUGGAAAGACCACUCUUGCGAAGGUUGUAUUUAACCAGCUUUCAAGUCGUUUUGAGUACUGUAGCUUCCACGCAGAUGUAAGAGAAACAUCACAGAACAGGGGUCUUGAAUUCUUGCAGAAUCAACUGAUCUCACACAUCCUCAAAAAGAAGGGUCCAGAAAUUACUAAUGUGGAUGAAGGCAUCAACACAAUCAAAGAGAGAUUCUCCGGUAAGGAAGUUCUUAUCCUUCUUGACGAUAUUGACCAGAGAGCUCAGUUAAAUGCGCUCGCGGGAAAGCGCGAUUGGUUUGGUCCAGGUAGUAGGAUUAUUGUUACAACCAGAAACAAAGAUGUGCUCAAUGUCCCUGAAGUGGAUUGGGCAUAUGAACUGGAAAGGAUGGAUGAAGAUCAGUCCAUUCAACUUUUCAGUAGGCAUGCAUUCAGAAGGGACUGCCCUCCUGAUGAUUAUUUGGCUUACUCGAAUAAGGUGGUCGACAUCACUGGAGGCCUUCCUCUAGCUCUUGAGACCAUAGGUUCAUUUCUGUCCGGGAAAAUAAAAAAAGUUUGGGAGGACACAUUGAAAAAGUUGGAAAAAGUGCCUCGCGAUGAAGUUGGGAAAAAGUUGAGGAUAAGCUACGAUGCUCUAGAUCACUGGCAGAAGCAGAUCUUUCUUGACAUAGCAUGUUUGUUCAUUGGGUUUGACAAGAGAAUCGUGGUUCAUUUAUGGGAUGAUGCUGAUUUUUUCCCUGAGGAAGGUGUUGAAGUUCUUCGUCUCAUGUCUCUGAUAAAGAUUGGUGAUGACAACAAGCUGUGGAUGCAUGACCAGCUUAGAGACCUCGGUCGAGAGAUUGUUCGACAAGAAGGUAGCAUGGAAUUCGGGAGGCGCAGUAGAUUAUGGAACCAUGAGGAAGCAUUGCGCACAUUAAUAAAUCACAAGGGUACUGAAAUGAUUGAAGCCCUCUGUCUUAAGUUUGAUAGCAAGUCACAGUACUAUUUCACUCGAGCUGAAUUUGCAUGUCUAUCAAACUUAAGGUUCCUCCAGGUCAAUGGCGUGAACCUUGCUGGUAACUUUGAAAAUCUUCUUCCACAGUUAAGGUGGCUUUGUUGGCAUUAUUGCCCUUCAAAUUUCUUGCCUACGAGCUUUUAUCUGGUAAAUCUAGUCAUACUUGAUCUCUCUUGGAGCAAGAUCAGUGAAUACUGGGAGGGCUGGCAUCAACUCAAGAUGUCAAAGAACCUAAAGGUUCUUAAUCUUACGGGAUGUACAUGCUUAUACAGGAACCCUGAUUUUUCUCCCUAUGAAGUUCUCGAGAUAUUGAUUCUUGAAGGCUGUGAAAGUUUAGUGGGAAUCGAUGCAUCCAUUGGUGGCUUAAAGCACCUUGUUUCGUUAAACAUGAAGGACUGCCAUUCAAUCCAAGAGUUGCCUGAAAAGUUGGGCUCCAUGGAAGCUUUGACGGAGCUCAUUGUUGAUGGAACCUCUGUACAAGAAAUUUUUAUCAUGCCUGGAGGUAUGAAGAAGCUCGAAACUCUCAGUGCCCGUGAUUGCAAGUCAUUGACCCAAAUUAGGAGCUCAAUCAGCCAGCUGGAAUCUCUCACAUAUCUUGCAUUAGAUAAUGCAAAAAUCACUCAACUCCCAGACUCUAUUGGAGCGCUAGUAAAACUUGAGCGCUUAUCUCUGAAAGGUUGCAGGUCAAUAAACAAACUUCCAGACACCAUCGGGCAACUAGAGUCCUUGGUCGAGCUCAAUCUAUCCAGCACAGGGAUAACUGAGUUGCCCGAUUCGAUUAGCAAUCUUAAAAACCUGAAAGUGUUGAAAGUCGAGGGAAGUUAUAUAGAUCAAAUACCAGUUGUUAUUGGGAUGCUGGAAAAGCUUGAGGAGAUACAUGCCAAGGGUUGCAACCUGGAGGGUGACAUUCCUAGUGAUAUAGGGGAACUUGCCUAUCUUAGAAUCUUGAGCUUAUCAGAUAAUCGCAUUCAUAGUUUACCAGAAACUAUUUGCGGACUCUCUCAUUUGGAGACCCUUGAUUUGGAAUUAUGCAAAGAGCUUAAAGGGCUUCCAGAGCUUCCUAGUAGCUUGAUUAAUCUACGAGUUAGUUCUCAGUCAAUGGAGAAAAUCCCAGAUCUCUCCAAUCUGAUUAAUCUGAGGCAUUUGUAUUUGUCCGAUGGCUCUCAUCUGCAGGGAUUUCCCACCAAGGACCCAACCAAACUGGUUGAAGAUCCUAGCCCUUUGUGGCUCGGAAUGUUAUCCAAAUUGGAGACAUUGCAGCUGUCCCUCUCGAAAAUUACUACCUUACCGGCUAACCUGGGUUCGCUUUUUCGACUGAAGAAGCUGGUAUUGUCCUGUGUAGAUCUGCAGUCCUUCAUUCAACUUCCCUCUAGUUUAUCUACAUUAUAUAUAGGCAACUGCAAGUCUAUGACAAUUGUUCCUGAUCUUUCAAACUUGAGAAACCUGACAGAGUUGGAGCUCCUUCACUCAGCUAUAUCAGAGAUUCGGGGCCUUGAAGGGUUGGAGUCGCUUCAAGUUUUCGAUGUGAUAUACUGCAAAUUGAAAAAGCUUGAUGGGCUAGAACGGUUAGAAUCCCUAAGACGCUUGGUUCUACGUAACUGUGAGUCACUUGACAGAUUACCGAAUCUCUCAAACUUGAAAAAGCUGAAAGAAUUCAAGCUGCGAGACUGUGAGAAGUUACUCGAGAUCGAAGGACUUGAUAAAUUGGAGUCAUUGGAAGAACUGCAGAUAUCCCACUGCAGAUCCAUCGGGAGUUUACCUGAUUUGUCGAACUUGAAAAAGAUGAAAGUUCUCGAAAUUAAGAACUGUGAUAAGAUCAAGGAUAUUGGAGGUCUUGACAGAUUGGAAACCCUGGAGGAGCUGCAGAUUUCGGAGUGCAGAUCCUUGGAGAGACUACCGAACUUGUCGAAGUUGACGAAGCUGAAAGACUUGGAGAUCGAGAAUUGCGAGAAGAUAAGCGACAUUGAAGGCCUUGACCAAUUGGAGUCCUUGGGGAACUUGAGGAUUAUUGGCUGCAAAUCCAUGGAAAAGUUACCGGACCUAUCGAACUUCAAAUGCCUGAAGUCGCUGUACAUCGAAGAUUGUGAAAAGAUUCGUGAAAUUGUAGGUCUUGGGAUCCUGAGAUCCAUCAAAGGAGAUAACUGUUUCUAGGCAUGACACAGCUUUAUUUUUCUUCAAAUUAAGCAAU